AUGGACGGGGAAGAACUCACCGAGCAGGAGACUGCUCUUUACGACCGGCAGAUUAGGGUUUGGGGCGCUGGUGCUCAAAGAAGAUUGAGCAAAUCUCAUGUAUUAGUAUCUGGAAUAAAGGGGACUGUUGCUGAGUUUUGCAAGAACAUUGUGUUGGCAGGAGUUGGUAGUGUGACUCUGUUGGAUGAUCGGUUGGUAACAGCAGAAGCCUUCAAUGCAAACUUCUUGAUUCUUCCGGAUGAAAAUGCUUAUUUAGGCAAAACCGUAGCUGAGGUUUGCUGUGAUUCACUCAAGGACUUUAAUCCUAUGGUCCAUGUUUCAGUAGAAAAAGGUGAUUUGUCAACACUUGGCAUUGAUUUUUUCAAGAAGUUUGAUGUUGUGGUUAUUGGCUACAGUUCUCGUGCUACAAAGAAAGCAGUAAAUGAGAAAUGUAGGAAGCUAACGAAACGUGUGGCAUUCUAUACAGUCGAUUGUAGAGGUUCUUGUGGUGAAAUAUUUGUCGAUCUACAGAAUUAUAACUACACUAAAAAAAAGCUUGAUAAAACAGUGGAAUGUGAACUAACAUAUCCGAGUUUUGAGGAGGCAGUUUCAGUACCAUGGAAACCAAUUCCAAGGAGAACAGCAAAGCUCUACUUUGCGAUGAGAGUGUUAGAACUAUUUGAGGAAACUGAAGGGCGUACACCUGGAGAAUGUUCGCUGUCAGACCUCCCAAGAGUCUUGAAACUCAGAAAAGAAAUCUGUGAGGGAAAUUCGGUAAGCGAGAAUCAUAUUCCAGAUAGCCUCUUGGAGAGACUAGUCGCUGGUAAUUCAGAAUUCCCACCAGCUUGUGCCAUCAUUGGAGGGAUUCUAGGACAGGAGGUGAUAAAAGCGGUAUCAGGUAAAGGAGAGCCGUUGAAGAACUUCUUCUACUUUGAUGCAGAGGAUGGGAAAGAGUCCCUAGAAGAACUUGGUUCCUUGUCUUUUGUACUUAGCAACUUGGCUGUGGUGAAGGAGAAACACAAGUUCAAGCUCAAGGAUAUGGCUUUUAUCAACAAGAUCCUUAACACUGUUCUUCCUAUUGUCACGGUUUCAUUUCUUUUAGUUUUCAUGCCGGUUUCAUUACUCUUCAAGCUCAUUGGCUUCGUAAGGAGAUGCAAAGAGUCUGAGAAAGUCAACGGAAAAGUCGUCAUAAUCACAGGAUCCUCUUCAGGAAUCGGCGAGCACCUUGCUUAUGAGUAUGCGCGUAGAGGAGCAUACUUGACAUUAGUUGCUCGGAGAGAGGAUCGUCUCCGGGUGGUGGCUGACCGGUGCAGGAAGCUUGGAUCACCGGACGUGGCCGUGAUACGUGGUGAUGUCUCAGUCAUUGAAGACUGUAAAGGUUUCGUUCAAGAAACCAUCUCGAGAUUUGGAAGAUUGGAUCACUUGGUGAAUAAUGCCGGAAUUGCAGAGGCCAAAAUUUUCGAAGACUACUCACAAAUUGCGGAUGUUCUUCCUAUUAUGAAUACUAACUUUUGGGGGCCGGUCUAUGCGACGCAUUUCGCUAUUCCAUAUUUGAAGAGAGCCAAAGGAAAGAUCAUAGCGGUCGCAUCGCCUGCUGGCUGGUCUGGAGUCCCAAGGAUGAGCAUAUAUGCUGCAAGCAAAGCAGCUAUGAUAAACUUUUAUGAGACUCUUAGUAUUGAGCUUCGUCCAGACAUCGGUGUCACGGUUGUGUUUCCGGGUCUAAUUGAGAACGAAAAUACCAGUCCGGACCUCAUAGCUGAGAAACGCGAGUGGUCGCAAGUUGUGGCCAUCGAGUCAGCAUCGACAUGCGCCAAGGCUAUUGUUAACGGAAUUUGCAGAGGAAAAACCUUUGUGGUAGAGCCUUCAUGGGUCCGUGUCCUCUUCUGGCUUAGUACCUUAUGCCCUCAGCUAUUGAUCUCUAAACCGAAAAGGAACUAA